CGAGUAAAUCUUUGUUUUAUUUCAAAUAAGCGACGAGUUUCUGACUCAUCUUCAGCUGGGUGUAUAGUUAAAUCUGUGGUUGACAUUUUUCUAUAAAAUAUUGAAGUGGGGAAUUUAAUAAUUAAUUAUUUUUAUUUAUGUAUGUUUAAACGAUAUCAAAAUUAUUAAACAUUUAUUAAACUGCUGACCUGUAUAAAACCCCUAAUAUAAAACCCCUAAAUAACCUAAAUAUUUGUUGAUAAAAGGAAAUAUAUGUAGGUAAGUGGAAGGGAGUUAUAUCUGCGAUUUGGGAUUUCUUGUGAUAAUUUAGAAGCUAAAGCUAUCAGUACAUAAAUACAUAGAAAGCUUCUUGAUAUUUGGAGCUUGUUCAUUUCAAUUAAUAAUUUAAGAAACCGAUAUAAAAAUAUAAUAUAAAGCCUAAAUAAAAUAAAUUUGGGGAAUAUUUUUUAUGUUGCUAUGACAACUUUUCUCUUUAUAUUUUCUUUCUUCUCUAAAAAAUAAAAUAAAUUUUAAUUAAAAUAUUUUUAAAAAUUAUUUUCAGUUCUAAAUUUACAAUUUCAGAUAAUUACUGUAACUCCAAUCCCUUCUCCCUUUUAUUCAGAAUUAUUGCUGUCCCCUUCUCGUUUAACUUCUUGGUAUUAUAAACAUCACAAAAUCCAGCGUUUCCAACUUAUUCGGAGAGAAUUUAAAACAAACACAAAAUGGACAGAAUUGGAGGAUAAUGAAACUAUGAGGUUAUGGUUACACAAGAAAAUAUUUACAACACAACGACCAUUACCGAAUUUACUAAAUUUUGCCCAAAUAAUUAAUGAACAAGAAUUAUUACCUUCACACCCAAUAGAAGUAGCAAUUGAAAGAGUUAAAGAAGCAAAUGAUAAACUUGCAGAUUUAUCUAGUAGGGUUGCUGAGGGUUUUGUUUCUGAAUUUCAUAUGAAUUUGGGUGGGAUGAUUCGUGGAAUUGUACAGGCAGAUCCUUUCUUCACCGCUCAAUGCCGUAUUAACUGUAGUGAAGAAGAGAAUCGUUGUAUUGAAAAUUUAAUUUCACUUAUAUUCGAACAAAUAACUUUAUUAGAAUAUUCUUUAUUUAUUCAUUCAAAUAAUACCCCUACCCCCACAACAACAACAACAAAUUCAUCAUCUUCUAAUGCCGCUAGUUUUCACAAUUCUUUAGUUGCUUCAUUUAAUUCAUAUAAAUGUCAAAUAGAAACACAAUUUGGAAAAACAUCAAAAUCCUUAUUGCCAGAAGGGGCUUCAAUCUAUUCAAAAAUUGAUCAAAACGAACUGAUGGGGAAAUUGCCUACAAAUAUUGUUGUUAAUAAUAAUGCUAGCAAUUCCUCCUACCUCUCCCCUCCAUCUACAAUUAACAAUUCACCAACGGCCACAAGAGCAUUCAGAAGCCAUUCUGUUAGCGAAUUUCAAAAUUCACAAAAUGAAGGAAAUUUAAGUACAAGAAAUUCACAAAUUUCAAGUUCUUCAUCUACAAAUAGUGGAAGUGGAAGUAGCAACUUUUUUAAAAAUUCGCCUCUAGGGACUGCCGGAAAUUUAAUAAAGUCAUUACAAGUAAAUUAG